AUGGCACACCCAACGCAACUAGGAUUCCAAGACGCGGCAUCACCCGUUAUAGAAGAACUUCUUCACUUCCAUGACCACGCAUUAAUAAUUGUGUUUUUAAUUAGCACCCUAGUGCUAUAUAUUAUUAUUGCAAUGGUAUCAACCAAACUUACUAAUAAAUAUAUUUUAGACUCCCAAGAAAUCGAAAUUGUAUGAACUAUUCUACCAGCCGUUAUUUUAGUAUUAAUUGCUCUACCAUCCCUACGAAUUCUUUACCUUAUGGACGAAAUUAAUGAUCCCCACCUAACAAUCAAAGCAAUAGGACACCAAUGAUACUGAAGCUAUGAAUACACAGAUUACGAAAACCUAGGAUUUGACUCUUAUAUAGUACCUACCCAAGACCUUGCCCCAGGACAAUUCCGACUCUUAGAAACAGACCAUCGAAUAGUUGUCCCAAUAGAGUCCCCAGUCCGUGUCUUAGUAUCCGCUGAAGACGUACUACACUCCUGAGCCGUUCCAUCUUUAGGUGUAAAAAUAGACGCAGUCCCAGGCCGACUAAAUCAAACUGCUUUCAUCGCCUCACGCCCAGGAGUAUUCUACGGACAAUGCUCUGAAAUCUGCGGAGCAAAUCAUAGCUUUAUACCAAUUGUAGUUGAAGCAGUACCACUAGAACACUUCGAAAACUGAUCCUCACUAAUACUAGAAGACGCCU